AUGACCGAUGACUGGUUGUCGCAAAUCGACAAAUGCGGCAACCAGGCCCGGCUCUAUGGGGGAGAGGCGGGAUGCACAGAAAACGACGUGCAGAAAGAGGAAGCAGCUCGGAAAAAGGACGAGCAAAAGGAAGCAGAAAAGCAAAGCAGUCGAUUGGCCGGCGACGACGACGUUGGACCAGGGCGAAGAAAGGCCAAAGCAGCGGCUUGCUUUGUCUGGCUCCGAACGAGAAAUGGCCGGUCGAUUUUCUUAUUUUUGGACCUUUCUUUUCCGAAGCUAGCUUCUAGCUCCUGGUGA